AAUUGAAGAAGGAAGUUUUCAUUAGUUGAAGGAAUUAAUCAAGAGAUGGAAGUGGAAAUCAUUUCAAGAGAACUCAUUAGGCCAGCAGCCUUCCAAAGGGAUCAAGACCAAAAAACUUUCCAACUUUCACUUCUCGACAUUUAUAUUGGAGUCGAAACUUACACUCCCAUCAUCCUCUUCUACAGCACCAAGAAGAAUCAAAGUAAUAAUAAUGAAAAUACAAUUUCCAGUUUGAAACUCUCUCUGUCUAAAACAUUGGCUCGCUUCCCCAUGCUUGCUGGAAGAAUCAAAGGCAAUUUUGUGCAUUAUUGUUCCUCCAAUAAUGGCGCUCUCUUUGUUGAGGCCUCAGUCAAAACGUCCAUGGCUGAUUUUCUCAAAACUCCACGCCUCGAGUCUCUUUCAAAUCUCAUUCCUUUCCCUGAUUUGGUUUUGAAGGAGCCAUUGGAGACUGCCGUUCAGGUUGCGGCUCAAGUUAACUUUUUCUCGUGCGGUACUGGAAUUGCAAUGGGCUUUUGUUUCUUACACAAAAUUAUAGAUGGAACCACCAUGAGUACCUUCAUAAAAACUUGGGCACUAUCCAAUGAAGGGAUAGUAGAGAAAUUAGCAUGUGGGAGUUAUGAGGCUUCUUCUUCACUUUUCCCAGCAAGAGAAAUAUCAACGAAUUACAAUGAUCUGGUGUUCCCAGAAAGUGCAAUUUUAGUGGCACAACAAAAAAAUUGCUCUGUAAGGAGGUUUGUUUUUGAUGCUUUAGCAAUCUCAAAUCUCAAAGUUAGAGCUAAAUCUCAAAGCGUUUCCAAUCCAACAAGUGUUGAAGCUGUAACUUGCUUUAUUUGGAAGUAUGCCAUGAAAGCUGCAUCGAAAUGUAAAUCAUUGGAAGUUGUUGGAAAUGGUAAAGAGGCAAGUUGUGAUGAUACAAAAUGGGGGUCGCUCUUAGUUCAUAUCGUUAACAUGCGUAGAAGAAUACAACCACCAUUGUCGGAAUAUGAAGUUGGCAACAUCUUUUGGACGAGUUGUGCUUAUUAUGAAGAAUCAGACACAGACGCAAACUUGGGUAAUCUCGAAACUAUAUUGAGACAGUCAUUACUCGAAAUCACCAAUGAUUUUAUACCUAAAGCAGUUGGAGAGGAUGGAUUUGAAACUAUUUUGAGUUCAUUACACCAAUUAGGACUUGCAUAUUAUGCAAAGGGUUCAGAGUCAUUUAUCUUCUCGAGCUGGUGUAAUAUGGGUUUAAAUACAGUGAAUUUUGGAUGGAAUAAGCCUAUAUGGAUUGCAACUGGAGGAAAACCUAAUGAGUCAUUGAUGAUACGAAAUAUAAUUCUGUUGAUGGACAGAGCAUCAGGUGAAGGAAUAGAAGCGUGGAUUACUUUGGAUGACGAAACAAUGAACCUGUUAGAAAAUGACUAUGAGUUUCUUGAGUUUGCUUCCCCCAACCCAGGAAUCACACUGGAUUGAGAUCUCAUAUUGUACUAUUAUUUGUGUUUUAGUUGAGUGGUUCAGCAAUAAUUAAGUGUGUUUUGUUAUUAGAAGCUUUAUAGA